GCUGCCAGCGGGGUGGCUGCCGCCGCGGUUGUUACAGCUGCUGGAGCGGCAGUGGCCCCCGUCCCCGGGCACCCGUCCCGGUCCCUAGACUUUCGGCCCCGCACGAAGAGCGGUAGGAGCGGGUCGACAGGAUGAACGUGGGCACGGCGCACAGCGAGGUGAACCCCAACACGCGGGUAAUGAACAGCCGCGGCAUCUGGCUCUCCUACGUGCUGGCCAUCGGGCUUCUCCACGUCGUGCUGCUCAGCAUCCCCUUUGUGAGCGUCCCUGUAGUCUGGACCCUCACCAACCUCAUCCACAACAUGGGCAUGUACAUCUUCCUGCACACGGUGAAGGGGACGCCCUUUGAGACUCCAGACCAGGGCAAGGCGAGGCUGCUUACACACUGGGAGCAGAUGGACUAUGGGGUUCAGUUCACAGCCUCCCGGAAGUUCUUGACCAUCACCCCCAUUGUGCUGUACUUCCUCACCAGCUUCUAUACCAAGUACGACCAGAUCCACUUCAUCCUCAACACUGUGUCCUUGAUGAGCGUGCUCAUCCCCAAGCUGCCCCAGCUCCAUGGAGUCCGGAUUUUUGGAAUCAAUAAGUACUGAGGGUGCAGCCCCUCCCUGCCCGGACGGCGGGUCGUCGAAGCCUGCGCUGCGAUGAAGGCAGAGGAGCCUCUGGACGCUGCCAGGGCCGGGGGUGCCGCUGGGCCCUCGAUUCCCAGCCUCCCCGUCGCCAAGUUGCAGUAGCUUGUAGUGGGUUGGGGUGGGCCCCUUAGGGCGCUCACCUCUUCUAACUUUUUUAUCUUUCCUUUUGCCUUUGAGUAGAGACUUGUGAGGGUCAUGGAAUGAGCUGGGCUCCGGGACUGCGCAGGCCUGGGCGGUGGGCAGGACGCCAGGGAAGCCCCUGUUGACUUCUCAUCCUCAGGCCACUAAAGCACUUUAACCCCUGUGAGGGGAGCAGAGGGGACGGUACAGCUUCUCCGUUGUUUCACUUUAGUUCCCAGACCUUUAGGGGGACGCUGGUGUGUGGGAAAGCAAACCUGCGGCAGGGCCUCUCCCUCUGGGGGAGCUGUCACUUCCAAGGCUGUGCUUUCGGCAGCUCCCCGGGCCGGCUGCGUGGGUAAGGGGAGGGCUGGUGGGGCCGGGCCUCCUGGCCCUGAGGGAGGUGGGGGGUGUCAAGGGGGGCUCCGGUGGGUUGGGGGCUGGUAAGCAGCAGAGAUUGGUGCAGGGGAGGGGUGGAGAGGUGGGACAAGCUCUCCCCAGUCUCACCCUUUGGGAAGUGGUCAGGGAGGGGAGCAGGCUCUCGGGGAGUUAAUUUCCUCAGGAGUGGGCUGGUGAUAGGAAGGGAGGCUGCUGUGGGUUUGCAGCUCCAGGGUUCCAGGCCGGGCUCAGAGAGGGAGAGGCCCAGGAGUCAGCAAGCGCCCAGCCGUUGACGGCGCCUUGUACAGUGCUGCGAGGGACCUAGGGCACCGACAGAUGCCGAGCGGUGGGCCCUGCGCAACCCCCACCUCACAGCUGCCUCUGAGCACCUGUGUGGGGCCCAGCCUCGCCGGUGCAUGGUGUGCAGUGGACUGUGAGACCACUGCACCUGUGAGGGGCUCCUGGGCGCUGCCUGGGCCCUGCUGGCGCCUGCAGUGCUGCCUCGUCACUGGAGAAGGCAGAAGAGGUGGAGCGGAGCAGAGCGCCUUCUCCUGGCUGAGUCUGUCAUUUUGGAAAAGGGUGAUGCCUGCGUCCUGUCCCAGGUCCUGAGAGAGGAGAGGAGAGGAGGUCACUGGCCCUGUUUUCUGCCUCCUGGUCCUCCGCCCCCAUCCCAUGUAUUGUAGGGAACUUUCACCUCAAAAUCUUUCUAAGCAAAGUGUGAAUAGUAUUUUUACUCCCUUUGUACAGUAUUCUGAGAAAUGCGAAUAAAGGACUGUGUGUUCCUGUUU